AUGGAACCUGAUUUCGAACGUCGCUUAAUUCGGUCAAUGUCAGGAUGCUCAUCGCUUUCAUCAUCUCCAUUCUCAUCUCCGAUAUCUUCGCCAUCGCCAAUCAAACAUAGUGAUCGUUUUAUUCCACUUCGGAGCGUUUCACAACCAUCUGCCUAUUUCAUUGAUCAAGAACAAAUUCAUAAAGGUCCAAUGUCAGAUAGAAAAUCGUCUCGCGAAACUUCAACGUCUAACACAGCAAACACAGGACCAAAUCUUACGACUUCGAGUGGAACAACAACAACAGCUGCUGAUCGUGCCAAAGAUCUCCUAACUUAUCAAGCUUUGUUGCAAAAUGAAAUCUUCGGUACACAAGUUGAUUGUCUCUACGAUGAACAACAUAUGAAUAAUGCCUACUCAAGUAUAAACAGUAACAAUCAACAUUCAACGGGCAUAACAAAUCAAACUGGCACGAAUGAUACAGCUAACGCUGGAGGAACAACAGCACUGAUUAACCAAGGCUUAGGAGGACAAAUACACACAACAGCUAUUUCAGGCAUUAAUGGCAUUCUAACACCAUCACUUGGCUUUCUUUCUCAUUCAUCUCAGCAACGUUUGCCAUAUACGAAUUCGGAUUCAAAUCGAUUACGGUCACGUGAUCCGAAUACGAUAUUUCGUUAUUCUGCUCGUCGUAAUACAGAUGAUUUGCAUUAUUCACCUUAUUCUCUGUCACCCUUAUCUCCAGCUUCAAUUCGGCUUCUACGAUCGCCGCGUAAACAAUUACGGAAAAUUCCAAAAACUCCAUUCAAAGUUCUGGAUGCUCCUGAACUUCAAGAUGAUUUCUAUCUAAAUUUAGUUGAUUGGUCGUCCACGAAUAUUUUAGCUGUUGGCCUCAAUGCAUCUGUUUACUUAUGGAAUGCUAAUACGAGCAAUGUGACACGAUUAUGUGAUUUACAAACCGAAUCAGAUACGGUUACCAGUGUAGCUUGGAGUGAUCGAGGACAAUAUGUUGCUGUGGGCACUCAUAAAGGCAUUGUACAGAUUUGGGACGCAGCGACAAACCGUAAGACGGCUUCAUUUCCACGUCAUACAGCUCGUGUUGGUGCAUUAGCUUGGAAUGAUAUGUGUAUAUAUUCAGGUUCUCGUGACCGAUUCAUUCUACAAAAUGAUACGCGCUCAAAUAAACAAGAGCGAAAACUAGCUGGACAUCGACAAGAAGUUUGCGGAUUAAAAUGGUCACCUGAUCGGCAAUUGUUAGCUAGUGGUGGCAAUGAUAAUCGUUUAUUAGUUUGGAAUCAGUCAUGUUCAAAUCCAAUUCAAGUCUAUACAGAUCACACAGCAGCCGUGAAAGCCAUUGCUUGGAGUCCUCAUCAACAAGGUCUAUUGGCAAGUGGUGGUGGAACAGCUGAUCGGCAUAUUCGAUUUUGGAAUACACUAACAGCACAAAAUUUACAGUCAAUUGAUACCGGGUCUCAAGUAUGUAAUUUAGCCUGGUCGAAGCAUUCGAACGAACUUGUCUCAACACACGGCUAUUCUCAGCAUCAAAUUGUUGUGUGGAAAUAUCCGUCAAUGUUACAACUGGCUCGAUUGACUGGUCAUACAUUUCGUGUUCUAUAUUUAGCAGUAUCGCCUGAUGGUGAAUCCAUAGUGACAGGAGCAGGAGAUGAAACAUUAAGAUUCUGGAAUGUAUUUACGAAAUGUCGCGCCAAUAAAGAAUCUGACAAUGGCAGAGAGCAACGAAAAUCAACGGAUUUUAAUUAUUCCCGGAAUGGGAUGCACACCGCUUAG